UUAAUCGUCACUGUCGUGCAGCAACCUGGUUCUCUCUCUCUCUCUUCUUUCUUGAAUUUGAAUUUCAAAUUUGAACUAUCAAGUCUUCUUCUUCUGCUGCUGCUGCUGAAGAAGAAAGAAGAUCCUGAAUCAAAAGGAAAGCUUGGGUAUUGAAUUGUAGAGGUACGAAAAUGCUGGUCUCACAGGCAACAAUCAACAACAACCCAUUACCUUCUCUUGGCGAAUCAGUCUCCUUUGGGAGGUUUACUUCAGAUUCUUCCUUAUCUUGGGAUAAAUGGUCCAGCUUUUCUUCCCACAACCGAUAUGUAGAGGAAGCCGAGCGUUAUGCCCAACCAGGAUCAGUCGCACAGAAGAAGGCCUUCUUCGAAGCUCAUUACAAGCGAAUCGCAGCUCAGAAGGCUGCUGCUGCCGCAGCCGCAGCCCAGCUAGAACACACCAAUAUUGCACCAGAACCAGAACCAGAAGAAUCCCAUGUCAACAAGGACACCCAUCUUCUUGUUAAUCAUAAAGACUCAAAUACCCAGUUCAACACUACUGAACUUGACAAGCCCACUCUAGUAUCUGUCCCAGUAUCCAACCAUGAAGAAGCUGAAGAAGAAGAAGCAGAGCGUGAAGUGAGUCCCAUAAGGGAUAUUCAACCACUGGACCAGAUUAUGGAAAAAAAUGGUAUUUCUGAUGAAAGGGAACAGAUCGAGGAUUCACCUACAGUUUCUUUUGAGGAGAAACCUUUGUUGAAGCACAAGUUUUCAACCUCAACUAAGUCCUCUGGAUCCCUCAAAGUGGCUAAAGUAUUUUCUUCACCAGCUAAGCCGGCGGCCAUAACACCUAGCAGGAGGAAAGAGAACAAUAAUAGAAAUAAUGUCACUCCUCUGAUCAUCAAGAAGAAUGAAACAACAGAAAGGAGAAGAUGGAGUCCGAGAUCAUCCCUUCAUUCUUCUAAAGUAUUCCAAUAUUCAUCCAUCUCCACUACUCCUAAACCAGAACCUGAUAAUAAUAAAUCUAAACCAAUUACUCCGGCCAACAAGAUUGAAAGCUCGAAAGUUGUGCCAACUUCUUCUGCAAAAGCAGCUUCAAGCAAAGUAUUCAAAACUCCAACAAGGAAUUAUUGGACUACUCCAUCAAAAAUGGGUUCUUCAUCAAAAACAGCAGGAACAAAGCAUCAUCCUCCUGCAACAACAACAACAACCACCCCUUGUUCGGAAAAUUCAAGGUCUAGAACUCCGGCUGCUCCAUCGGUUUCUGGAAGUAAAACUAGUGGACCAAAAUGGCACCUCUUAUCUUCAGUUUGUUCAAAGUCUUUGAGUGCCUGCAAGAACAAGUUGCAGUCUCCAACUUUAGCUGUUCCUUUCAGUUUGAGAACAGAAGAAAGAGCAACAAGAAGGAAACAGAACUUGGAAGAGAAGUUCAAUUCCAAAGAUGCAGAAAAAUUGCAGCUACAAACAAGAAUAAAGGAGAAAGCGGAAACAGAGUUUAGAAAAUUUCGGGAAAACUUCUGCUUCAGAGCACGCCCACUACCUGAGUUUUACAAGGAUAGGGAAAUCAUGAAGAAGACUAUGAUUGAAACUAAUAAGGUAUUGCUUUCUCUUCCUCCUCAAUCACCAAAACUGAUGGGAACAACAAGAACAGGUUGCAUGAAUAUGAAGAAGAAGAAGAAUCAAGAAAAAGAAGAUGAAGAAGAAGCAAGAACAACCUCUGUUCCUCCUCCAAGAAAAAUGCUGCCAUUCUCCUCCACCAAGAAUGUUGCUGCUGCUGCUACAAGGAAGGGAGGAUGGGGACAUAAUCGUCAAGUCCCAACAACAUCUUCCAGGAUUAUCUGCCAGAAUAUAUCACCUAAUAUUAUUCUUCAGAAUCACCACUAAUCUGAAAGAUAAUCACCCAAGUUACUUUCCCUCGUUACCCCCAUGAUGUUAAAUUUAUCCAUUUGAUUGAUCCGACGAUUAACUGUCUUCUCUAUUGUAAAAUCUCAACAAUGCGUUCUAA